AUGGCUCCGUGUCGAUUCUUCCUGCAAGGACGCUGUAACCGUGGAGCGAGAUGUGCCUUUGAGCAUGCGCAGCCUGAAAGUGAAGGUGGCUCUACUUUACGAGCUGAUGCAACGUCAUUCGUGCCUAACGCCCAAGCCUCCACAUGCCUCGUUAGUUCACCAAGCAUACUCUUUUCACAGCCAUGUCGCUUCUUCUUAAAGGGAGCUUGCACAAAAGGCGAGGCUUGUUCAUAUCGGCACAUCACCUCUACUGGUGAGCACGAGGUUCCGGCUAGAUCAGAUUCUUUCAGUCCCCACAGUAUAGCCUCGAUUUCUGCAGUUCAAUCCAACCCGAUCGACGCAGCCAAACCGCCAGAGAAGCCCAUAGCUCGAGAGUGCCUUAUAAACGAUGUAAUAACAAAACUGCCAGCAGCAGACUCAGAUUCACGCAAGAGCAAUGAAGAGAACGUUACCUAUAACAUUCAAGGUGCUGCCGUACAGUUCGCCUCAGGAGUGGGAUUGUUGUCUCUUCGACUAGCUUCCGACAUCUCCGCUGUUCACAUUGAGAACCUGCCAGCGGAUAUUACGCCUGAAAGGCUUUCUGAGCUUUUGGCUCCUUCGGAAUAUCGCUUGAACACAGAUAAUAUUGUGAUGAGAGCGCUACCAAAUGGAACAGCCACAGCUAACAUAGAGCACCAUCUGCCUGAUUUUGCUGACAAGAUAAUAGAACUGUACGAUGCGACGUCGAUUGCCGGCCAUAUUAUCAGGGUCCGUCAUUCCCAGGUCACCGAGAAGAAGGGGUCUUCAGUGAACACAACACAAAUAUCAACCGUGGUCUGCUCUUGGCAUAAGCCUUCAAGAGUGGCCUGGGCUCACUAUGAGCGACCAGGGGAUGCCAAGCGGGCACAGCAAGUCAUGGACAAUAAGUGGAUUGAUGGUAGGAAGGUGCAGUGUAGCUUUCAACAGCCGGAGUUCCAUCUAAGGCGCAAGAUGGUUUACUCGGUUCAGAUUGGCAAUUUGGCACCAACUACAAGCUCGCGUUAUCUUCAACAGCGCUUUCGUUCCGCGGAAAAGAUUGUAAUGGGCAAGCUAUCCUAUGAAAGCUCCGCUCAAGAAUCAGCUAGCCUGGUGCGGGAAUUCCUUCUGAAAGCCGGUAGUCUCGAGUCAUUCGAUGUCAAUUCCUCUGCGAAUCCAAGAUUUGAAAAGGCUUUUGCGAAGUUUUCGAGCCCCCAGGAAGCCAGAACUGCUGUGCAAAGGUUCAGUGGACAUCUAAUGCCUGAAAUCAGAACCAAGCUGUUCUUGAAUCUUCUGGUUUCUGUCAAAUUCAAGAUUCUACGAGAUCUAUACCGAGCAGUCGAGUCAGAACUCAAUGAUCUCAGAAUCCAGAUACUAGCCGAGGACUAUAUAACAUUGAAAACCUACCAGUCCGAAGACCGUCCGACACUUCUGACAUUGCGAGUCUAUGGAGAAGACCCGAAGGCAGUAGCUAAGGCUAAGAGCGCUAUCGAAAUCAUCCUCGCGGGCGUCCCAGCGAAAAAGGAAGACCGCCCUCUUUGGGACGAUUUCUUUCUCACGACCGAAGGUAUGGCAUAUCUCAAACAUAUCCAGGAAUUGCAUGGCGGCUUUAUCUACCGUGACUCUCGCAGACGUCAACUCUCGCUUUAUGGAUCCUCGCAUGCAAAGCGGCAUUUGCAGGAGGCAAUGGUCGACAAGAUCAAUGAUAAUGCCAAACAAAGUCGGAAGAUAGCUCUUACUCCCAUGACUUUAAGGCGAUUCUUUGAAGGUGGUCUGCAAGAAAUCUCGCGAAUUCUUGGUGAGGGCAAAACUAGUCUUCGUAUCACCUCGAGCGAGAAGACCCUCAGCAUUGAUGGUAGUGAAGAAGACGUGCGCCUUGCUAAAGCGAUACUUGACGAUCCCUUCCGUACCUUCACUAAACGCGACGAGCCAUCGGCAGCCGCUGAAGACGAUUGCUCGGUAUGCUGGACUGAACCAGACGAUGCCUAUCGCACCAGUUGUGGUCAUACAUACUGCAAGGAAUGUUUCUCUGGCCUCUGCGCAUCCGCCAGGAGUCCCGAAAACUUCCCCCUGCAAUGCCUAGGAGACGCUACUCGGUGUGCUCACAGCUUCAGUAUGGCUGAACUGCAAAAAGCCCUUGUGCCCACAGCUUUUGACGAUUUACUGAAGGCCUCGCUGGACACGUAUGUUCGGACAAGACCAGGCGAGUUUCAAUAUUGCGUGACUGCGGAUUGUCCUCAGAUAUAUCGAAUCACGAGCAAUGGACGGGUUUUCGACUGUCCAAGCUGCUUAACACCCAUCUGUACCACCUGCCAGGCUGUCAGCCAUAAUGGUUCGACGUGCGAGGAGUACAAAGACUUGUCUUCGGAGGGAACCUUGGCGCUGAAGAAGUGGAUGGAAGAAAACAAGGGAAAGCCGUGUCCGAAAUGCGCAACACCUAUCCAAAAAGCGUAUGGAUGCAACCACAUGCAAUGUCCAUCCUGCUCGACACAUUUCUGUUGGUUCUGCAUGGACAUCUUUGAUGCGCAUGACAUCUACCGCCACAUGACGGCCCAGCACGGCGAUAUCGGCAUCGAGGCUGCUGACAAUGAGGAAGAUCCCAACGUGGGGAUGCUUCGUCUGUUGCGCGUGUGA